ACUCGAGCAGGGCACGAGACACGAGCGCGCGCGCAACACACACGCGCCGCGAAAACGAAAGUGAACCCCCCCAGACUGUGACAGUGAUUGUGAACUCUGGAAGUCUGGAACAGUGAUUGGUAGCUGCCUGUGUUAUCCUGAAACUGUUUCUUCCAUCUGGAACUUCAAUUAGCGCUCACCUGAAAAGCCUUUCCUAACUUGUGUUACACCUUGAUUUAUGUCACCAAGAUAUUUUGGCCACUGACUGACUGCACUGUGACCAUGAAGAGGACCAGGUUGCUGCUGGUGGCCGCUGUGCUCUUGUUACGGGAAGCAACAUGCGAACCUCCGGUAGACUCGGCUUCGUUGCCUUUGGAACAUCGAACAGGGGCCGGUUACGGGCCGCCACUACCCCCCUCGCACACAGACGACCCAUGGCCUCUGGCAACACCGGAUAGUCCUAAAAUAAAGCAUCUGCAAGUUCAAUGUGAGAAAACACGCAUGCGUGUCAAUAUAGAAUUUGACCGUCCAUUUUACGGUAUGAUAUUCUCUAAAGGAUUCUACAGUGACCCUCAUUGUAUGCAUUUGAAGCCAGGAACUGGUCAUCUCAGCGCCACUUUUGAAAUAUUCCUCAAUAGCUGCGGAAUGAGCAGUUCUGCAAAUCACAAUGUAGCAACAUAUGGAAGUCCUACACCUAGUGGUUCCUACGUGGAGAACACUAUCAUUGUCCAGUACGACCCUUACGUCCAAGAAGUAUGGGAUCAAGCAAGAAAAUUACGAUGCACGUGGUAUGACUUUUACGAAAAGGCAGUUACAUUCCGACCAUUCCAAGUGGACAUGUUACACGCAGUCACGGCGAACUUUCUCGGAGACAACCUGCAAUGCUGGAUGCAGAUACAGGUUGGAAAAGGACCUUGGGCUUCAGAAGUGUCAGGCAUAGUGAAAAUAGGACAGACUAUGACAAUGGUGUUAGCAAUCAAAGAUGAUGAAAACAAAUUCGACAUGUUAGUGCGAAACUGUGUGGCACAUGAUGGCAAGAGAGCACCAAUACAGCUUGUCGAUCAAUAUGGUUGUGUAGUAAGACCCAAGAUUAUGAGCAAAUUCCAAAAGAUAAAGAAUUUCGGUCCUUCAGCUUCAGUGGUAUCCUUCGCAUAUUUCCAAGCAUUUAAAUUCCCCGAUUCAAUGAAUGUACACUUCCAAUGUGUAAUUCAAGUGUGCAGAUAUAACUGUCCUGAACCUAAGUGCGGUGGACUCGGUGCUGAUUAUGGAGUUCCUUUGUUAGGUGGAAAUACUCUGGGUGCCGAAGAGUAUGGUGUACCCAAUUCUCCUCACGCGGAAUAUGGUCCUCCACCGCCAGCCCCUCACGGAGAAUAUGGCGUCCCACCUGCGUUCCCGGACCCGCGACAUCCCGCGGAUGCGACAGGAUCCUUCUCGGAAAAACGCGAUGACGCUGUACCACCUCCACAAGCACAAGUGUCAUCGACACCAAAUGCACCUAGUCCAUCAUCACCAGCGCCCGCACGCGAUGAAGAUGAAGUCAACCUGCCUCCCCCACCUCCUCCAGGCCGUCGCGGCGUAUACAACACAGUUAAAAGGAAAGAUGACGCUCACGUUAAUCUAGCAACAUUAGGAGGAAGACCGCGUUCCGUCGAGGACCUUCCAGAGAGGCUGGUCGGCGUCAGGCGGAGACGAGAGACAUCCACGCCAACAAGAAUAUACAAGCGUGACGCACAAGAAAUGACUGACGUCAAUACUAGUCGAACGAUCCAGGUGGUGGCGCCUGGAGACGUGAACUUCGCAUUAAACAAUGCCGCGGCGAACGAGACCGUCGUCAUUCAGUCUCCGGCGAGUGAUCCGGAGACAAUAUGCAUGUCGGUGCCGUCGUUCGUGGCGGGACUGGUUAUGUUGCUGCUAGUGCUCGUGGUGGCCUCGCUAGUGGCCGCCUUCCUCUUCGUGCGCGUGCGCGCGCUCGACAGGAAGGGUGCGCACGGAGCGACCGCCUACUACGAGACGGAUUACGUGAAGCACACUAAUUAGCGGUAGAAGCGGUGCGAAUGUGACGCGAGGACGAUUCACAAACUUUACUCGGAUCCAAAGAGCGUGCGCGUUUCGGCCCCGGUCGGACGGCGCGCGGGCGCUGUCGCGGUCGCGAUCGAAGCUCGGUGACUGUGUCAGAUAUUUAUUUAGUUUGUAAUGAGCGUGAUGUAUAUGUACGACUGUUUUUGUAAAUUAUUUUAUUCGUGUGAAAAGCACCCUGUAUCAUCGCCUUGUAGUCGAUACGUCUGUUGUAAUUUUGUAAAGAGUCGUAAGUAAGGUUUUAAUGUUAAGUUAAAUAUUAAUUAAACAUACCAAUCAAACGUGUC